AGCGGCACUAUCGAAACGCGCCUGCGCAUGUCUGGAUCUGACGAGGGAGCUAUUUCGGGACGCCACUGCUUCACCGUCCGUACGUUAGUCUGAUCCAGCAGUCGUCAAUCCUUUGUCUUUAUUAAAAACGUAUUGCUCGUUACCUAUUUUAAAUCGUGCAUCCUCGUUUUCAUUACGUACAUAUGAAAGUGCGUUUUGUUUAUAAAAGUAUUCCAAAAUGGGAAACGCGUUCAGUACUGCCACGGCGGGAGGACGCAACGCUGAAAACGUCACGAGUGAAAGUGAAACAAUGAGCAACGCCAGUGUUUCCGCCGAUAUUGAGAAACUAGAAGAAAAUCUGCAAGAACAACUUGAAGAUGAAGCUCGUGCUAAAGCCAAAGAAGACGAAAUGGAGGAAUUCAGAAGGCAGUUAAAUAUCAAAAGAGAACAAAGAAAAGAAAUUUUAUCUCGACACAGGGCCGAAAAAGAAGAAUUAGAAAAGUCGUUACAAAAUGAAAAAAAAUCUAAAAUGAAAUUAUAUGAAAGCAAUCGUAAACUACGUGAAUUGUUACUUAUCAAUAAUAUUGAAAUCCCAGAAAAUCUUCAAUCAUCUAAAGAAAACUCUGAUUUAACGGACGCCGUUGCUCAAAUAAGCGACGAAUUCGAAAAGAUGAAAUCUCACAAUAAUAAAUUGAGAAGAGAUUUAGCAGACGCCAACAUUGCCUUACAAGGCGCAUAUUCAGAUAUUGCAGAUUUGAAUGCACAAAAUACAGAAUCUAUCAAGCAGAUAAAUGCACUGAAGGAAGUGGUAUCAGUCAGUAAAACUAUGAUAAAUCUGCGUGAGGGACAGCUUAACGAGUUAAAAAAUAAGUUGAAUGAAAUUGAGAGAACCCUAGCUGACAGAGAAACAAAUCUCUUAUCUGCUGACCUGAGGCAAGAAUAUGAGAGACAAUUACAAAAUAUAAGAACUCUACGUGGUCUAUACGAAGAAAGAGCUAGAUUGGGUGAAGUAACUAGGCAAGGGUUAGUUCGAGAAUUAGAUGAACAAAAACGGCUUUAUCAAGAGGAAGUCAAUAAGUGUAAAGGUCUUACUACAAACAUAGAAGAACUCGAAUCCCAAAUAGAAUCAUUAAAAGAAUCAAUAGAAAAUAAGAAAAUGCAAAUAUCCACUUGUCAAGACGAAGCAAAUGUGUUAAAAGCUGAAAUGGCAGUCGUAAACAAGCUUUUCUCUCAAGUUCUACUAGGAUACAAAUCAAAACAAGAUUUAGAUAAAUUAGUGCACAGACUUGAAGAAAACCAUGGAUUGCUCACCCACAUGGCCGAAAGGGAAAACGGAUCCGAAGCAUCUUCAGCUUUGCCUAAACUUUUAUUAGAAUUAGUUAGUCAGGUUGACGAAUGCGAAGAAAACAAAUCCGAAGAAGAAAAGCCUGAUAGCACAAUAGAACAAGAUAAUACUGAGGAAUCUGUUUCAGAAUGUCAUCCCUCUAAAAAUACAACCGCUGAAGAAAUCGUCGAAAAUCUACCCAAAGUUUGGAAAGUAUUAAUGGAACUUCUGAGUCAUCAGAACACUGCAGAUGUCAAUACAUCGGAAAAAGUUACAACGUGCUACAAGUCUGUUGAGACGAAAUCUGGUCCCGUAUUAGUGCCAAGCGUUAGUCAGACUUACAUCAGAUUAAAGGAUCUUAUUGUCGAAAAACUGGGCUUAAUCAAGGAAGUUAACCGCAUGAAGCAACUCAAUGCGCAUUUGGAGACAAGAUUAGGAGAACAGGAACGUAGACUUUGUUUGGUAACUACAGAACUUAGCAAAACUUGGCAUGUGGUAAGUAGAUUACGAAGACAUCACCACCAACUGCACACACAUGAAAAAAUACUGAAAUAUGAACUGCAACAAAAAAGAAAACUAUUAAAUGAACUCAAAGAAGAGUUGGAAUAUUGUCGUGAAAAAUGGGAACAAGCCCGGGAGAAAAAUACACAAUCGGAAAGAGACUGGAGAAAGCUUAGGGCUGAGUUUUCGAGCAGAAAGACUAAAUCAGACUCGCCAUCAUUCAAUAACUCGGCAGAAAGCGGAUACAGUGACGAAAGACUUUCUGAUGAAUCAUCAGAAUCAAAUGACGAGAGUGAGUAUGUCGCCGAGCCACAUUUGAGAUGUAAGAAAAAGCUGAAAAAAUCUUUUGAAACAGCUAUAGAUUCCAGUGCUGAUUUUAAUUUAGUAGCUGAAAGAGAAGAUCCUGCCAGUGACAUGAUAGAUGUAGCGGAUUUACCUUUAGAUGCUCAAGAUGGCGAUGACAAUCACGAUCCUGGGUCUGACCUAAGUAGGAGUGAAAACCAACUUAAAAGUGAAAAAAUAUGUGAAGAAACAGAAGACGAACUCUGUGAUAUUGCAAAUGAUGAAUCCUGCAUUGAUGAAUCCGUAGUCGAAGACGAUUGUUCCAUGGAUCUUUCUUCAUUAAAUACAGAAAUAAGUACUAAUGAAGGUGUCGAUGCAUCGAGCAGCACAACACAAAUAUCUUCUUCCGAUGGCUCCAUUAUGACCGUCAUCGAUCCUGCAGAGAUUUUAAGAAAUAUCAGGCUACAAAAUGAAAGAUUAGCAAGAAGGGACCAGAAAUUGGCAAACUUAGAAAAAAAUAGUACCGCUUUGUUGAAAAAAACACAAGCAACGGCCAAAUUUAGUGAACAAUUAAACAGUACUCUAGAUCAUCUUAUUAAUCGUCCAACAACCAGUAAACAAACAAAUAAUAAUGAAAAAUGCAAAUCGUAUUUAAAAGAGAAAAAUCCCAAUUCAUUCGAAGAUGACGAAACUGAGUCAGAAAAUAAGACAGGCGAGGCAUUUAUUGAAGAAACCACACAAAAUGACGUCGGUUUAGUCGAAGCAUAUACAAAUGCAGAAGAAACAUCGUCCCUAGGUGCUAAUGAAGCCCCAGAAAAUAUUUCUAGUGUUAAUUUAAAAUCAACUACAAGUAACGAUGGCAACUUACAAAACAAGAUGACUGAUAUCAAAAACAUAUUAGAAAAUGUUAAACAUCAAAAUGAGCGACUGGCAAAGAAAGAUGAAAGACUUCAGAAAUUAGAAGAGAAUUGCUCGGAAGUAGUCAAAACCAUAACAAAUACUUUAAAAACGGGCGAAGAGAUAAAUAUAAAAUUGGACGUCCUUCACAGUAAUUCCCUAACACCGUGCGACAAAGAAGGUAAUGAGCAAUUUUUAGAUGAUAAUAACAGUCCAAGUUCAAGCCAUCGAGCAUCGGAACCAUCCACGUCUAACGACCACGAAGCCAGGUUUGCAGCUCGGGAUCUUCGUCUUAAAAGAUUAGAAGAACAAACAAAAUCUCUCGUAAAUAAAGUCAAUAAAACCACGUCAAAAGGUGUAAAGAUACAUUACAAGUUGGAAGAAUUACACAACAUUUACGGAUCUGAAAACUCACGCGCCGGAACACCUUCUGAUGAUACUGAAGAUAAAAGUAAUGAAUGCGACACGAAUGACGAAACAUGAAAGUAAACUAUUUACUAUAAACACUGUAAGAUGAAUUGUUAACGCGUAUUUAAUUAAAACAAGAUAAGAUAUUUAUUA